GUACUCCAAGGGUUAUCAAACUAUUCCUUGUUCUAAAGAAAGUUUUUAAAUCUUUAAAGGAAAUUUUCUGUAGACUUGAGCUUACUGCUAAAACAAUGUUACACAAGUCUGUAGCUUCAGUUAAGUUUUACAGCUUCAGAGACCAUCUUUUUUUCUUGAGAAUUUUGUGAUCUUGUUCCAUUUUUUAAAAGCACUUUAUUUGUUGGAAUGUGUGAAAUAAAAAUAUCUUUGCAAAGAUAUCUUUGCUUUAUUUUUUUGAUUUUGCAUCAGUUAACUCUUUAACAAGCUAUCCCACAAUUCAUCGGCUUGAAAAAUUAAGAGUUUAUUAUCUCACAGACCAGGCAUACUUUACCUGGGUCCUCGCCAUCAAGGUUUCUCACAAGAUUGCAAAGUAUAAGCUGAGGCUGUGGCUUCGUCUCAGGGCACAGCUUGGGGAGGGUCCACUUCACAGCUACCUCACAUGGUUCUUGGUGGAGUUCAGUUCCUUGUGGGCUCCUGGACUGAGGGCCUCAGUUCCUCACUCCCUGAGGCUUCCCUCAGUCACUUGUCCCACUGGCCUCUGUGUAGGGCAGCUUACCACAAGACAGUAGUCUCCAUCGGAGGCAGCCAGAGAGGGCAGAGUGGAGUGGGCAAGACACAGCCAGGGUCCUUUCGUAACCUAUUUCGGGACUGAUGGGUAUCACUUUCCCAAAUGUUAGGCCACAAAGUGAGCCAGAGGUCCUGCCCACACUCAAGGGAAUGAACGGACGCAUAUAGCCUCAGGAGGUGGGGUCAUUGGGGACCAUCUUAGAGGCAGCCUGCCUUGAGUUCUGACAGUUUUACUUGAUCUGUGUUUGCUAGCUAACCUUCAUGCACAGAAGUUCCUGUUACACCUUCCUGUCUCCUCCCUCCACACAUGCAGAGAGACACGUGGAAGAACGCACAUACUCUGAUGAUGGUUUCACACUAUACUCCUGUACCCCUGACCAGCUCCUGGGGCAGCCUGGGUUUCACACUUGGAGUUCAUCUUCUCUGGUCAUGUUUAUCAGGAAGGCAAUAGUAAAUAUUUAUUGAGUAUUUUAGUUAAUAAUUGUUGAAGAAAUGAAUACAUAUGUGAGGUUGUCAUUUUGAUUAAUUCUACUUGGACAGUUUUAUAAAGGAAGUGACUGAGCUGCAUUUUAUCAGAGGACAAGUAAAGAUUUUACUGGCAGAGGUAACAAGUUCAGUCUCCAGAAGUUAAAGAAAAAAAAGCAAAACAGCAUGGUAUGUUCUGGGAAUGGUGAGAAGUUAGUAAGAAUGUGAUGAAGAGUCUUUUGAGUGGGGUGUAAUGCUGGAGAGUAAGUGGGAGGAGUUUGUUUCUCAUGUUAAGGUUUUAGGCCUAACCGAGUUAGUGAAGCCCUUUACAGGGCAGAAGGACUUUACUCGUUAGUGUUCUAGGCAGGUGCACUUUAAGUCUUCCGAUGAAAAAGGAGUAGCAGUGAGAACCUGAAGGCCACCUUAAUCAUGAAAGACUGUGAGGCUGCAUUAAAGCAGUGACAGGAGUUUUGGAGAGAAUAUUCUAAAUAUGUGACCUUUUUGAAGAUUAGAUGUGUUAGACUCCCAGCUGUCCCCUAAAGAGCCUCUUUUUCUUCUAUAAUCAUGUAUUUUUUUCUGGGAAUAAAGGCUAUAUUUACUAAUCAGUUAUAUAAUCCUCCUUUAAUAUUGAAGGAACAUGCCUGUUGAUUUUCUCUUCUGCCUCUUACUGGCUGGACUGAAGGCCUGGUGUUCCAUCUGAGGACAUCAGCAAGAAGGAGUGGGUCUCCGGGCUCCAUAGGGCAGAGCCUCCAGUUUCUGCUUUCUGUGGGAGAGAGCUAACUUCAUCUGGGUUAGGCCACUGUUAUUUUGGCUUUCUAUUACAGGGAGCCAAAUUUCCUGAGUAAUUUAGGUCAGAUAUAAGAUAACAGAAGUAUGUAGGAAUAAAACAGUACUGAAAUGCUGGACAGCUAGUUUAGAGGACCUGGUUAAGUCUUGAAUGGGAAAAUAAUUUGUGUCUUUUGGGGUGGGCUGAUUUGAGAUGGCUUAUAUUAUUCCCUCUCUUCUUAUUUCCUGUGCAUCCAGCUUUGAUUUUGCUGUCUUCACCGCCCACUGUCUUCUACAGCUUCUUGUGCAGCUUCUACAGUCAGGCUCCUGUUAACAUCUUGGGUUCCUUCUACCCUCUCUUAAUUUUAACUUUUACGCAGAUGACCACCUAUGACUCUCCUCACUAUCUGCAUUUUCUUUAUCUGCUUUGAAGAUGGAACAGUUGAAAACCUGGGUUAUUGGCUCUCUGCCUUUAUUUUCUUACAUCACUGGAGCAUAGUUCUGAAUACAGUUAACUCUUGGACAGUGCAGGGGUUAGGGGCACCAACUCUCCGCUCAGUCAGAAGUCUUUGUGUGGUUUAUAGUCAGCCCUCCAUGUAUACAGUUCCUCCAUAAACAGAGAUAACGCAGCACUGGAGUACUUACUGUGGGACACAGUCAUCUGCGUUCAGGUGGACCCGCAGGUUCCACGCCUGUGUUGUUCAGAGGCCAACUGUGUAUCAUUUCCCUUAGGACCAUGGAAACAAAGACUGAGUCUGGCAUAGCUCCUGAUUUCUAGUGACGUAUUUCCAGCUCACGGUGUUUCUGUUAUACUACUGUUUAAAAUGUUUAUUUCCAAAGAAAAUUUUUUGACAGAAGUCAUUUAUGUAUCUGGCUAUGUGUGUCAUAUACUUCUCUACAUUUCAGCCUAAAGCACCAAAGGGAAAAAGUGUAGGACAAGAAAAAAAAGUCAUCCAUCCAUAUAGUAGAAAAGCAGCUCAAAUUACAAGAGAGGCCCACAAACAAGAAAAAAAGGAAAAAUUGAAGAAUGAAAAGGCGUUGCGUCUCAGCCUCAUUGGUGAAAAACUGCAGUGGUUUCAAAAUCACCUUGAUCCCAAAAAAGUAGGAUAUUCAAAAAGAGAUGCUUGUGAAUUAAUUGAAAGGUAUUUGAAUCGAUUCAGCAGCGAGCUGGAGCAGACUGAGUUGUGGAACAGCUUUGAGGACAGGCAGGGCCGGAGGCACUGCUCUCGGGAGGCGGCCAUCAGGCAGACCCUGGAGCGGGAGCGGCGGCAGUACCAGGCCCACGGCCUCGACAGCUCCAGUUUGGCAUGUCCCAAAGCAAAGCCCAGCUUUUCUCCUAAAACUGGCUCCUUCUGUGCAGUCCGUGUUUCGGUCAGGGACAUCACUACUCGCCCACCAUCCUGCAGACAUUUCAGGCCCCACGUCCGGCUCAUCAGCCGGAUGCACUUGGCGUCUGAGGGCUUGCGCUGCCGCUCCGCUGCCCGCGCUCGAGCCGCCCGGAUCUCAGCUCUGCCCUCGCGCUGGCCUCCCCAGGCGGCUCUGUGCUCAGUUUCGACCUGAAGCCGCCAGGCUGAGCAGCAGUCACGGACAGCACAUCCCAGAGAUUCCAGACAUUUUAAAUGCAGAUAAUCUGAAAACUUUUAG